CACCCUCCAAAUCUGUGUAUCUUACCCGGUGUUGUUUGAGUUCCAUCAUGAAUUUGCUUUCCGUGGUUGUUCUGGUCUGCUGCCUGUUCGCCGCAGUGCUGUCGGCGCCGGCUGAAUUUUACACCUCCCAAUUUGACAACAUCGACAUCGAGAGCAUCUUAAACAACGAAAAACUCCUGGAUAACUACUUCAAGUGCCUCAUGGACGAAGGACCCUGCACCCUGGAGGGACGGACACUAAAAAGUUUGGUACCAGAUGCGUUGAACACCUCUUGCGCCAAAUGCACGGACAAGCAGAAACAGAUUGCCCGAAGAGUAAUAACAUUCUACUUGGACAAGUACCCUGCCAAUUCCGCCAGAAUCAUCAAGAAGUACGAUCCAGAGAACAAGUUCAAGGAUGGAAUCGAAAAGGCACUCCUAGGAUCCCGCUGAUCAAGUGCUGAGAAAAGAGGAUUUCAAUUCCCAUUUUAGCAGCAAAAAAAGUUACCAUAUCCCUUCUCACUAAUUUAUGACUAUU